GGUAUUACUUCUCUCAGCGCCGCACGGCGUCGCCAGUCGUGUUUCAACACUCGACAGCAGCAGACGUGUGGCAGCAGCAGCAGCAGAUACACUAGUUCAACACCUCGAAGAGGCAACUGCAUAGGAAAUACACACACUCUGUGCUACACUGAGCGAAAAAGCGCGUGACUACCAAAUCCAGCCAUGAAUCCAGCUGCUCAACUGCUGCGCAUGCGCAGCGCUACCGCAUUUGGUAGCGCCGCAACGCGUAGCAUCACUACCAACCGGCGGCAGCGGACCACCAGUACCGCCAGCGCCCAGCGGGAGCGGACGCAGAGCGUCAGCGAGUCGGACAAGUUCCUGCACUACAGCCCCGAGGACGGCUACUACAAGACCUCGCCCUUUGACCCCGUCACCGUUCCCAACGUGCCGCUGCACGAGUACGUGUGGCGCGACUUCAAGAAGUGGGAGCGACGCACUGCAGCGGUUUGUGUGAUCACCGAUCGGCAGUACACUUUUGCCCAAAUGCGAGAUGCCUGCGCCGCCUUCGCCGUCCGUCUGCAGACCAAGUUCAAUCUCCACAAGCCCGACGUUUUGGCCAUCUGUCUGCCGAAUCUCCCCGAGUAUCCCAUCGCCACAUUGGGCGCCAUUGAGGCGGGACUGACGGUGACCACAGUGAAUCCCGUCUACACGCCUGACGAGAUCGCCCGGCAGUUGACCUUUAGCGGAGCCAAGUUCCUGGUGGGAACGGUGUCCGGAUUCGCCACACUGAGCCAGGCCAGCAAGCUGGUGGGCAGGCAGAUACCCAUCGCCGUGGUGCGUACUAGUGCCGAGGAGGUUCUGCCCGAGGGUGCCAUCGAUUUCAGCGAGCUGACGAGCACCCAGAAUGUGCGUUACGACGAUCUGAAAGUGCCCAAAGAAGCGUCCGCCGAGGACAUGGUCUUCCUGCCCUUCUCGUCCGGCACCACCGGCCUGCCCAAGGGUGUAAUGCUCUCGCACAACAACAUCAGCAGCAACUGCGAGCAGGUCCAGGCAUCCCUGCCAAUGGACCUCCUGGGUCCCCAGAACACGUUGCCGGGCGUCCUGCCCUUCUUCCACAUCUACGGCCUCACCGUGGUCAUGCUCUCCAAGCUGGGACAGGGCUGCCGACUGGCCACCAUGCCCUGCUUCAAGCCGGAUGACUUCAUGAGGUCGCUGGACAAGUACCAGGGCAGCAUCCUCAACUUGGUGCCCCCAAUUGCCCUCUUCAUGAUUAAUCAUCCCAAGCUGUCGCAGGAAACGGCGCCCCACUUGAAGGUGGUGAUGAGUGGAGCGGCUCCCAUUGGUCAGCACGAUGUGGAGCGCUUCCUGAACAAAUUCCCGAACACUGUCUUCAAGCAGGGCUACGGCAUGACAGAGGCUUCGCCCGUGGUUUUGCUGACUCCGGAGGGCAACAAGGUGUACGCCUCGACCGGAGUGCUGCCGGCCAGCACGGAGGCCAAGAUCGUUCCACUGGAUGGAAACGAUGUCAAGGGCGUGGGUCCGCGCACCACCGGCGAACUGUGCGUCCGAGGUCCCCAGGUGAUGGCUGGUUAUCUGAACAACGAUGAGGCCAACCAGGUCACCUUCUAUCCGGGCAACUGGCUGCGCAGCGGCGACGUGGCCUUCUACGAUGAGGACGGUCUCUUCUACAUCACGGACCGCAUGAAGGAGCUGAUCAAGGUGAAGGGCUUCCAAGUGCCACCCGCCGAAUUGGAGGCAGUGCUGCGCGAUCACCCCAAGAUCCUGGAGGCUGCCGUCUUCGGUAUUCCCCACGAACUCAACGGCGAGGCGCCGCGAGCCAUUGUCGUCCUGCGUCCGGGAGAGAAAGCCAGCGCCGAGGAGAUCUCCGCGUACGUGGCCGAACGGGUGGCGCACUACAAGAAGCUCGAGGGCGGAGUGAUCUUUGUGGACGAGGUGCCCAAGAAUCCCACUGGCAAGAUCCUGCGCCGCGAGCUCAAGGAGAAGUUCUCCGACUAAGUGCCUAGAGGACGGAUCUUCGUAGGCUAAGAAAUAUUUUUGUGAUUUUUUUUUUUGUUCUUCUCAAUGUGGAAUGGCACACGGGCAAAUGGAGUUCUUGAAGCGAUGUGGUCUUCAACCUAUUGCCAAAUUUAAGAACUCCAUUUGAUUGUGGUUGCAUUCCGCGGAACAUGUAUGUAUAUGAGGAACAUCAAUGUUGGCCCUGCAACAUUGCAUUUACAACUUCGAAAAUACUUAGUUCUUAGGCUUAGACAUAGGUCUCGAUUAGUCGCUCGAUUGGUCCAUAGUUAGUAAGUCUAGAUUAGGCAUACGUAAGACCCUAUACAUAAACAAAUGCGUAAUCUGUAUGCUUGUACUCUAACAUUUGAUUAUACCUAAUGACGCAUCCGAUAUUUUGCUAUGAUAUUCCCCUACUUGCAUAUAUCAAUUUUUUUUUGCCUUGUACCAUAAGAUAAUUGUUUGUUGAUCGUAUUAAAAGACGGCGGCAUGCCAAAUCCAAUACUAUAAAUGCCAUGUAUGCCACGAUGUUUAAAAAUAAAGACGAAAUGAACUAGUUGAAA